GUUAACGGUAACCCAGCCAGUCCAAGUACAAAGUGUAGAAAAGCGGUUGAAAAAAAUGAAACUCCUGAUGAAGAAUGGGACGAAUAUAUAACUGAAUGGGUAGCUGAGUAUGAUUCCUAUGAAAAAGCCAGAAGAAAGCUGGUGAAGUUUUGUAAAGGCAACAGUUUGGAGUCUACAGAUGAGGACAGUGUACGGAAAAGAGUACCAUCAUCAAAAUAUGCAAAUGGAUUUCCAUCUGAUACCGCCUCAGGAAGACCUCCAGUGCAGGCCUCAACAAGCGGGCACCACACAGAGACAAUGGAAAGACCAAAAAAAAAAAGAUUCUGCAGUAAUGGAGCCAAAAGCCUGACUUUGCCAGCCAUACCACCAUUUGCACCAUCAGCACCAUCAGCACCUGCUGUGACAGUACCUGAACCAAGACAAGAUGAAAGAGAACUCCGGCUCUACCAGAUGCUGGAAGAGAUAAAGGGUCAGGUCAGGCAGAAUACGCUCCUCCUUCAGGCGAUUUUGCGAAGAGAGAAUGCUGCUGAAGUUGUGAAUGAGGAGUUUCAGUUUCCAUUAAGGAGCAUGACCGGCAUAAAAGAUUUGGAGGAUAGGCUGUCAAACAGAGACACACAACGUUCUCUAACAAGAUAUCUUACCAGCUUGGGUGGAACAUCUGCUAAAGACAUUGUCCACAGAAUGAUGAGGGAAAUAAUGACCAAUGAGUUGGCCAACAAUUUUAAUUGGCAAGGGAGAGGACAGAAGAGCCCAUUUUCUACACUUUUGCUAGCAAAAGUUGUCAUAGAUGCAGCCAAAAGACAAGGGGCAAAAGUGGUGGAAGCAGAGGAAAAAAUAAAAACCUGGCUGAAGUAUAGUGGAGACCGAAAUGGAGGAAGAAAAAAAAGAGCAAUAGAAAAAGAAAAGCAGAUGCCUCCCCCUCAAUUAGAUUCCAGCAGCAGUGAAAGUGAAUGAGUAUGCUGCUUCUCCUCCUCCGCUCCGUCUUCAUCGUCAGAGCAACUCAGUGUUUUUUGUUUUUGUUUGUUUGUUUGUUUUUUGCCUCCUUCUGCAUUUUCUUUGCCACCUUUUUUGUCAA